AUGGCAGAAGAAAACUGUUUUUACACGAGAGAAAAUCCACAUUGUAAAGAUAGAAUUUGUAACAUCUGGGUGACAUGCAAGGAAACCGGAAACUUUUCAACUGAAACAAAAACAUACUAUACAAUUGAGAGAAAGCUUGGAGAUGUUGUUCCUCUGGAAUUAUGGGCAUCAGCUCUUUGUAUAAUUAAUAUAUCGGCAAUCUUGCUCUUUGGUCUGCUCAUUAAGUUCGAGGUGAUGAAAAAAAGCUUUGAGCCGCUUUUAUCGACAUUAGUUGGCAACUUCGUGCUCAUAAUAUUAAUGACGAUUUCUGGAAUGACUUCAUUGACUCUUGAAGCUCAGCGGCCAGCUGCUGGGUUCACACUGCUAUUUACACUCCUGGCUGUCAGCAUCGUCCUGCUUAUACUCUACAAAGUCUUGGUUCCUGAACCUCAGCCUGGAGACCUGUCACCUUACCAAGACACUACUGAGCCGAGAAAUACUGUAAUUGCGACUCCAAUUACCCUGCCGAACUCACCAAGACAAAGCUCGAUAACGACUGUUGCUUAG